AUGGCAGAGAUAGAUCUAACACAGCCCUUCUAUUCUUAUCCAAUAGAGAAAGUUGUUUCUUCUGUAAAAACAGAUCUAACAGAGGGAUUAUCUAAGAAUGAAGCUUAGGCAAGACUUGCUAAAUAUGGAACAAAUGAGUUAGAAAAGGAAGAGAAAGAGAGUAUUUGGGAGAAAAUAAAGGAAUAAUUCGAAGAUAAUUUAGUAAGAAUAUUGCUUCUUGCUGCAGUGAUAUCAUUCGUGAUUUCUCAAUUUGAAGAUCAUGAAGAAGUGCAUGCAGUACCUCCUUGGGUAGAACCAUGUGUCAUCUUCACAAUUUUGAUUUUGAAUGCAGCUGUAGGAAUAUGGCAGGAUCUAGAUGCAGAGAGAGCGAUAGAAGCAUUGAAAGACUUACAAUCUCCACAUGCUAUGGUUCUUAGAGAUAAAUAAUGGGGAUAGAUUGAAGCCAAAGACUUAGUGAUAGGAGAUGUUGUAGAAAUAAAAUAAGGAGAUAGAAUUCCUGCUGAUUUAAGAAUGGUAGAGUUGAAAACUAUAACAUUGAAAACAGAUUAAUCUAUUCUAACAGGAGAGGUUAAUCCUGUCAAUAAGACAACUGAGGCCGUUGUAAAAGACAAAGCAGCUGUUCAAGAUAAAAUUAACUUUUUGUUUUCUGGAACUCUAGUAUCUAACGGAACUGCCAUAGGAAUAGUAUGUUGUACAGGAAUGAAAACAGAAAUUGGAAAGAUUUAGAAGGAAGUUUAAGAUGCAGCAAAAGAGAAAUAAGAAGAUGACGAUCCAUUAUCAAAGAGAUUGGAUGAAUUUGGUGAUAAAUUGGCUAAAGUUGUGACUUAUAUUUGCAUAGGCUGUUGGCUUAUGAAUAUUAUUAUGGGAGCAUUAUAUUAUUUUAAAGUUGCAGUUGCAUUAGCUGUGGCUGCUAUUCCAGAGGGAUUACCAGCUGUGAUCACUACUUGUUUGGCUCUUGGAGCUCGUAGAAUGGCUAAAUAGAGAGCCAUUGUUAGAAAAUUACCAAAAGUCUAGACAUUGGGAUGCACAACAAUUAUUUGCUCAGACAAAACUGGUACGUUAACAACCAAUGAAAUGUGCGUUAAAGAAAUUGUGUUAUUGACAGGAAAAGAAGCAUCAACUGUUGAAGUAUUUCCAGUUGAAGGUACUUCCUAUCAUCCUGAAGGUAAAAUUGAAAAAUUAGAAUCUACCUUGGUCAAAGGAAAUGGAUUAGCUGCAAAUCUUAAAAGAUUAGCAUAAUCUAUGGCUUUAUGCAAUGAAUCCAAAUUAUACGAAGAUAAAGGAAGAGUAUAAAGAAGUGGAUUACCAACUGAAGCAGCUUUAAGGGUUUUAGUUGAAAAAAUUGGAAAAUAUGAUAAAACUUUCAACUCAAAACCAAUUUUGAUUGCCCCAGAAUAAUAUAACGAAGCAAUAUCUGCUGAAUUUACCAAAAGAGCUACUCUAGAGUUUACUAGAGACAGAAAGAGCAUGUCUGUGUUGGUUAACUCAAAGAACGAAAAAGGAAAUAUCUUAUUCAUUAAAGGAGCUCCUGAUUAUUUACUUGAAAAGUCAAAUCAAAUUAUGAAUGCUGAUGGAGAAAUUGUUUAACUCACAACAUAAGACAAAGCAUAAUUCUUAAAUAUUGUAAAGAAUCUAGCAGAAAAGGGAUUGAGAACAUUAGCCAUUUGUGUAUAAGAAGAAUGCGGGUAAUUGAGCACCUAUGAUGGACCUAAGCAUCCUGCACAUCCAUUAUUAAUAGAUACUAAUACAUAUAAAGAUAUUGAAGAUAAACCCAUAAUUAUUGGUGUUGUUGCUCUUUAGGAUCCACCAAGACCAGAAGUAAAAAGAUCUAUUGAAAAAUGCAGAGAAGCUGGAAUCUCAGUUAUCAUGAUUACUGGAGAUAUUAAAGAGACAGCUUAAUCAAUUGCUAUGUAAAUUGGUAUCUUACAUAAUCAAUCUCAAUUUGCUACACAUUCAUUUACUGGACUUGAAUUUAGUUAGAUGGGAGAUGAAAAAUAAAAGAAAGUGUUAUCAUAAGUUAUUGGAAAACCAAGUGGAUUGGUAUUUUCAAGAACUGAUCCAUCUCACAAAAGAGAAUUAGUAAAAUUAUUGACUGGUCAGUUAAAUCAAAUUGCUGCAAUGACAGGAGAUGGUGUUAAUGAUGCUCCAGCCUUAAAGUAAGCUAGUAUUGGUAUUGCAAUGGGUAUUGCUGGUACUGAAGUUGCAAAAGAAGCCUCAGAUAUGAUUUUAGCAGAUGAUAAUUUCGCUACAAUUGUAAGAGCUGUUGAAGAGGGAAGAGCCAUUUACUAAAACAUGAAGGGAUUCAUUAGAUAUAUGAUUUCUUCAAAUAUUGGAGAAGUUGUCUCAAUUUUCACAUCAUCAUUAUUGGGAAUACCUGAUGGAUUUAAUUCAAUUCAACUAUUAUGGGUCAAUUUAGUUACUGAUGGAUUGCCUGCAACAGCCUUAUCCUUCAAUCCACCUGAUCCUGAUGUGAUGUAAAAACCACCAAGAAAACAUGAUGAACCUAUUAUCACUGAAUUUGUAUUUGUUAGAUAUUGUGUCAUUGGAACUUAUGUUGGAUUGGCUACAGUCUUUGUAUUUGUCUAUUAUUAUUUGGGAUAUGAAUGGGCUGGAGAUGGUCACCCAGUUGUUACUUUCACUUAACUAAGAAACUGGGGAGAAUGCCAUUAUUGGGAAGGAUUCAAAGUGGCCAAUUUUGAUAAGUAUGACUUUUCAAAGGAUCCAUGUCUUUAUUUCUCCUGGGGAAAAUAAAAGGCAUCUACCUUAAGUUUAUCAGUUUUGGUUGUUAUUGAAAUGUUUAAUGCUUUAAAUGCCUUAUCUGAAGAUAGUUCAAUAUUAAAAGUUGGUGUAUUUGCAAACCCAUACUUGAUAUUGGCCAUAUUUGGAUCUAUGACAUUACAUUGCAUGAUUUGUUAUGUUCCACUAUUUGAAAAUAUCUUUAACACAGUUCCUUUGACUGCUCAAGAUUGGAUCCUUGUAUUGUCUGUUUCUGCUCCAGUUGUAUUGGUUGAUGAGAUAUUAAAAGUAUUUUCAAGAAUCAGAAAUGCUAAAUUAUUAGAGCAAAGAAAGAAACUUGAUUGA